AUACUCCUCAUACUUUUAUGUAUUUUUUGCAAGGGGAGAAAUUUUUAAAGAUUUUAAAAGCAGCUACUGUCUCCAACUUAUCAGCAUUACUGAGCCUUGUUUCUUAAGCACUGAAUAGUCUUAUGAUAUGCUAUUUUCCUUUUUGUUUCAGCCAAGAGACUAUCAAGAAGCUCUUUAUUUUAAGAAGCAGCUUCAUCCUGAUAAGAAAUCUGAUACCGGUCAUGGUUCAGAAAACAAGUUCAGCUCUGAAUUUAAAAGCAGGAUUCUAAACAAAUACAAAGCCACUGGACUAUCCGAAAACCAUACGCACGAAUCUAGGAACAAAGCUAUUCUCUCUUUAAAUAACGAUGAUGACAUUAAGAAUUUUUCCAACAGUACUUUUUCUCCAUCAUACAUUGGUUUGGGCUCAGAAAAGAUGACACAUCUUAGAUUAUUAAAAAAAUACAAUGAACACAAACCCUCCACAGUAUUUCAUAACUAUGAAGGGGAAGAAUCUUUAUCAGACAAUGUAAGUCCUUUCAAAGAUUUAAAAGAAAAAGAUAAAAAGGCUAGUAGAUAUGAAUUGUCACAUAUGCUUGAACCUCAAAACUCUAACAAUGUCUGUGGCAAAGACAAUGAUUCUGGUUAUUUAUCAGAACAGGAUUUAAUAGAAAAAAUAGUAGAUAUGUCAAAUUAUGAUUUUAAAUUGAGAAGGUUUUCAGAACUGGGGGGUUCAACAGAUGAGUUUCAAACAGUCACUGCCUCAUCUUCAGAAAAUUAUCAAAGUACAUUGAAAACAGCAGGCAAGGAUAAAUAUAAGAAUAAAGAACAUCUCAUGAAAGAUAGUGCAACGGACAAAUUGCAGAUAAAUCUGUUCUCCAAAGUGCUAAAAAAAAAUGAAACACAGCUGCUUAAGUCAAAUCAAGAGUUGCAAAACCAUGUGGAUCUUGAAUUCUCUGACAUAAAUUCUGUACCUGAUGAUUAUGCUGAAAGCCGUAGACUUUUACACUUGCCAUUGGGAGAGUCUGACCAUAGUCAGAAAAAAGAGAUGACUCUACAUGAAGACAUGAAGACUCAAAUGAAACGUCUUACUGAUAUUAUCCAGUCUCUGACAGAGCAAAAUUCAAAAUAUCAGAAUCAAAUUAAGGAAUUGCAUGAUGAGAAUAAUAACCUUCAAGGGAAAUUAGUUAAAUCAGAUGGAGACAGCAAGGAAUGCCUGAAAGAAUUAAAGCGAUUACUGAAGAAAUGCAAAGAACUUCAACAGCAAAAGUUAGCACUGGAAGAAAAGCAGGAUCAGCUAUAUGAUCAAAAUCAGCGGAUAAUGAGAGAUGUAAAUUAUUUUCAGAAGAAAGAUCAAAAAGCUGAGGAAAGUUUGGUUAUUUUUUCAAAAGAAAAAAAUAAUCUCAUUGCAACCUUAGGAUCGUUUGAAAAUAAAGUUUUAGUACUUCAAGAAGAAAAAAAGAAAUUGAAAGAUGAAAUCUGCCAACUUAAAGAAGAAAAACAAUUGUUAGGAAAAGAGCUUGGACAAAAAGAGAAUGAGAUACAAAAAAUGAAAGAAAAUGAGAAGACUGCAGUAUCAGAUAUGGAAGCUGUUCUUAGGAUGUUACAGUCAUUUAAAGAUGAAAAAUUGAAUUCUGAUAAAACAUUACAUGUAGCACUGAGUUCUCAAAAAGCGCUGGAGAAAGAACUCCAGCAUGUUGAGACAGACAGAGCUCAAGUUGAGGAAAAGCUUAUAGCUGAACGUAAAAAUGCUAAAAUUGAAAGUGGAGCUUUGAAAACUACCUUAUUCAAUACUGAAAGAGAAUGUGACCGACUAAGAACCAUGAUAACUACCAUUACAGAAGACAACAAGAUUCUCAAGAAGCAGCUGAAUGAAUUUAAACAGGAAAGCUAUGAAUGGAAGCAUAAAAUAAGACAGCUGAGUGAAACGCUCUUACUAAAAGAAAAUGCAACACGAUCUAUAGAGAAUGAAAGAGAUGCACUGAGGUUUGCAGCACAGCGUCUUCAAAAGAACAAUGUUAACCUCAAAGAGCAAGUUGCUACUUUGGCCAAUGAACAAUAUAAGCUAGAGUGCAAAUCUAGAAGCCAUAAGAAAAAUGAUUUCUCUCUAGAUUCUACUCAAAUUUGUGAAGAAGUAUCUAGGUAUCAACAUAUUUCUUUAAUGGGCGAUCUACCAGGCAGUUCCAGGCAAACUCCAUCAAUCAAUUCUUCAAAGUCACUAUAAUAAAACAUCUUUGAAACCUGUU